AUGACUUCAAACAUUAACUUGCUGACUGACAUAACUAAAUUGCCUAACACCAAAGGAGGUAAUGUUCAUCUGCCAAAUGGUAAAAUAGUACCAGUUAUGUACCAAGGAAAGUGUAAAAUCACAGGUGGUGAAUCAAUUCAGAAUGUUCUGUGUGUGCCUGACUUCAAAUACAACUUACUAUCAGUCUCAAAAUUGACUAAGGAGUUGUUUUGCUCAGUACUUUUCUUUCCAUCAUUCUGUGUAUUCCAGGACCUAUGCACUGGGAAAGUGAGGGGGAUUGAUAAAGAAAAGGGUGGCCUUUACUUGCUGUUACCAGAUGGAUCAAGUGCAAAUAAGCUCAAACAACAGAUUAGAGGUUGUUUGGCAGAAGAUGCUACAUCAGACAAUAAUGUAUGGCACAGAAGGCUAGGACAUGUACCAGCCAAAGUGAUGAGGCAGCUGGCAUUCAUGAAGAACAAGAUGACUACAGAUUGCAACUUCAAUACAUGCACUAUAUGUCCAUUAGCAAGACAAACUAGGAAACCUUUUCCCCUCAGUACAACUAGAGCAGGAGUAAUUUUUCAUUUAACCACAAUGUUAAAUGCCUUAGAACUGAUAAUGGAGCUGAGUUUUUUUAGCUCUGAGUGUACAACCUUUUUAUCAGAUAAUGGGAUACUUCAUCAAAGUAGUUGCCCACACACUCCACAAAAAAAUGGAGUGGUGGAAAGGAGACAUAGGCAUAUUUUAGAGGUGGCAAGGGCACUAAAGUUCCAAGGUGGUAUACCACUACAUUUCUGGGGAGACUGUAUCCUAGCAGCUGUGUAUCUGAUAAAUAGACUGUCAUCUUCUGUGCUAAGUGGCAAAUCACCAUAUGAGGGCAGUAGCAGCAGUUCAUAUGGGAUAUUCCACAUCUCAAAAGGGAUACAGAUUAUACAGUCUCAAGGACAAGAACUUUUUGUCAGCAGAGAUGUUACAUUUGGAGAGGAUGUGUUCCCAUUCUUGGUGAUGAAAGAAGGAAAAGUACCUCCAUUAUUUUUUGAAGCAACUAGACACUAUGCAACAGAACAACAUGCAGCUCCACAACAACAUACUUCUACUCAGGAAAUGCAAACUCCUAAUCGGGAACUAGAUCAACUACAUGCUGAACAUGAUGCUACAAUACCCCCAGCUGGAUGA